AGGAUAUUAAUCAGAAGUGUUGAUAACCCUCGUAUCAUCCCAUCCUCGGCGGCUGCAAUCGGAAGUAAAAAAGAGAAGAAUGAAAAUCCGAUCGGUAUUCGACGGCGUCGAGUUGCGAACCGAAUUCUCAAAAACUGGUAUCGAUCCAAAGUUCAUUCCAAUUAUAUGGAAGCAUAUCUUUCGAAACAGUAAUUCUGAUUCUGAUUAUUGUAAUUGGGAAUGGGAAAAACACGUUCCUUCUUUACCUUGUUCAGCUUAUUCAUUCCUCCGUUCAAACUUCAAAACUCCUCUCUCUUCUUCUCUUGACUCGAUUUUCCAUUCUUCUGAUAAUGUGACUUCGAAACUUGUCAUCAAGCUUCAAAAUGGUGAAUUUGUUGAAGCUGUUAUUAUGAGAUAUGAUACUCGUUUGGGUAAAUAUGGUGGUGAACCUCGUCCUGGUGGUCUAAGAGCUACUUUAUGUAUUUCUUCUCAGGUUGGAUGCAAAAUGGGUUGUAAAUUCUGUGCAACUGGAAGUAUGGGAUUUAAAAGUAACUUAUCCUCUGGUGAAAUUGUCGAGCAGUUGGUUCAUGCUUCUGCUUUUGCACAUAUCCGUAAUGUUGUCUUCAUGGGUAUGGGAGAGCCUUUGAACAACUAUUCUGCUGUGGUAGAAUCUGUGCGCAUCAUGUCUGGGUCACCAUUUCAGUUGUCAUUGAAAAGGAUUACCGUCUCAACUGUUGGCAUCAUUCAUUCUAUCAACAAGCUUCAUAAUGAUGUGCCUGGUUUGAACUUGGCAGUCUCGCUGCAUGCACCAGCCCAAGACAUCCGUUGCCAGAUAAUGCCUGCUGCCCGUGCUUUCCCUUUGGAAAAACUUAUGGCUUCACUGCAAGAAUAUCAAAGGAAAAGUCUGCAGAAAAUAUUAAUUGAAUACAUAAUGCUUGAUGGUGUGAAUGAUGAAGAGCAGCAUGCCCACCUAUUAGGAAAGCUGCUGGAAACAUUUGAAGUGGUAGUGAACUUAAUACCUUUCAACUCUAUUGGUACAUUGAGUCAAUUCAAAUCUACUAGUGAGCAGAAAGUGUCUAAGUUUCAGAAAAUUUUAAGGGGUACCUAUAAUAUUCGAACAACAGUCCGGAAGCAGAUGGGUGAGGACAUAAGUGGUGCAUGCGGACAAUUGGUGGUUAACUUACCUGACAAGUCUCUUGGAAAUGCUAACCCCCUAACGGAUAUAGAAGAUCUUGUUAUUUGAUAUAUUCAUAUAAGGUUAAUUCAACUCUUGGGCCGAAUUUUAAAAACUAGUCUCCUUGUUUUAUGUAUUGUUUUGAAGUUGAAAUUUAUAGAAACCAGCUGUAGAAGUUAAGACGCACUUGGUGAAGCGCAACUGCGCAAUGAUAAUCCUUGAUUUGAAUGAUCUUUGGUCCUCCUAAUAGUAUACUACUAGAAACUUCCACAAUCCAUGUCAUUUCAUCAACUCAUAUAUAAUGAUUAAUAUUUUUGUAGUUUUGCUGUUCUAA